AUGGCUGGAGUAGUGACAACCCACGCGGACAUCGGUUUUACACCUUUCUUCGACAAGAAUAUUAGAGAACUCCGCUCUCCUCUUCCCCUGACCAUAUUCGACAAAGAUUGGCAGGAGCGAGCCCUCACUUACCAUGUAGAGAAGCGCACGAAAUCAGACGACUCUAACAACGAGAAAAUAUCGAGAUAUUCCGGCCUCCCAUACCCGAACGAAUGGUCCCAGACGUACACGAGUUGGUCCAUGAACCACAAAACCUUUCACGAACUCCUACGAGACGUAUAUGAUUUAUCGGUAUUCGCCGGAUGGAUAACCAUCCAUAAACAGCACGUCGACAACCUACACAAGCACCAUGGCUUCAUGCCAGCGUUCAGGUAUGACAUGAUGACUAGAGCAAACACCUUCUCACACCGGGUUUAUGAUCGAAACGGGACUGAGAUGGUCCCGGACAUCUCAAAGUUCAAAACGGACAUCUGGCAAAUAUGCUACUCACAAUCACAGAAGUUCCAGGAACUCGGAUUCACCGACAAUCCUUACGCUAAAGGCGGGAUAAGGGAGAACUGGGACCCAUUAUCGGGAGAAGAGCGUAGAGGCAAAACGACCCAAUCGAACGGCCAACAGUACCACACACCUAGCCACUACGGCAGCCAAGCCGAUCGUCGAAACGAGAAUUCCUACCCUUCCAGCUACGCGGAGAUGCGAGGAGACGCUAGCUCCAGCAGGAACACAGGACACUCCAAUUCAGGAUUCCGCGGAGCUUCGAACAGGGGCAGAGGCGGCGGUCGCAGCAACUGGAGCGGACGAGGGAGCGACUCUGUCUCCGAGAAGAAGAAGAGCGGGUAA